AUGACUGGGCUGCAAAACCUCCCCACUGAGGUGGUUCUACACAUUGGUUCUUACCUGUGUCCCAAAUAUACGUCCGGCAAGAAACUCCUUCACAACCUCAACAACGACCGGCUCAUCCAAAGGGAACUUUGCGGUCAACGUCAGGCGCUUGUCUCCUUGACACGUACAUCCCGUCGCCACUACAAACUAUUCACAUCGUUCUUAUAUGAAUCCUGGCUGUCGCUCAUGAAGACCCUCUCGCAAAACGAGGAUCUUUGUCGGCUAGUCAAGCAGCUGUACAUCCACCUCGACGGUGAGCAUGCGCUGUCAUCCACUGAUGAUGCCGAUUAUGAGUAUUUCACGGACUUGAUCGCACUGCAGGCUUGGCUGAAGAAGGCUUCUUUGCCUGCGGCGAUGCACUCCUUCAAUACCUUUGAGCUGUCCUCUGCUGUUCUUUUCACCCUCGUCAACAAUGCCCAAGACUUCAUCUUGUCUGCAGAACCGCUAUCUCUUUCCGGAAUCUUGGAUGCCAUCCACGACAUGGACGAGAUUGUCUCAACCCAACAGACCAACAAGUCAACAAUGUCCUCCUUGAAGUCUUUCUCUAUGAGAAAAACGUAUACCGAUGCAGAAAGCCAUUGGGCUUGGCCUCGCGAGAGACUGUUCAACGCAAGGUUCAUUGACGGAGCGAAAAACCUGAAAGAGUCGUACAUCAUUGGCACAGCUCUCCAGUUCCACAACUGGUCAUCGACGCAUCUGACAACCCUCGCCUUUAACGACAGUUCAAUGCCGCUCGGCAUUCUUGCCAAUGCCAUUCGAGCCUGUCCUAGACUGGAACGAUUCUUUUGGAAGAAGCCGAUACGGAGAGACAUGCAUCCCUACGCAGUCCACCCGUGGCUGAUUCUGGGGGCUCUGGGAAUACGUCGGGCCACUAUCCGCACUCUGGUCAUCGACUUCAACGGAACCUGUGAAACUGACUUGCAGAGCCCCGCCUUCGAGCUCAGCACCUUCACAAGACUGGAGGAGGCCUGGGUGGACAUCAGCGUCUUUGAAUCGAACAAAGCCAACUUUACAGACGCAAGCUCUGAUCCGCUCAAUCCGACCGUUGUGGAGGGAAGCCCUCUGAUCCGAACCUUGCCGCCUUCACUCCGAAAGCUGCACAUAUCCGGUUCUAUGAAUGACUUCAUCUUCGAUGAGGUUCUUUGGCUGACCAGACCUCGCAACCACGAACCCCGCCAUGUCCCGGCGGAAUUCGCGCUUGAUGGAGGCUAUCUGGAUGGCGACAUGUUCAAGCUGUGGGAUUACCGCAACGACUAUGAACAUAUCCCGACAGCCGAUUUGGAUCCUCAACCUUUCCUAUGGUAA